AUUACCAUUUCUUCAUACCAACUAUAUACAAACAGUAAAAGUAUAUUAUUUAAAUAUUUGAUAAAUGUUAAAAUAUCCUCAUUAAAUUUACAGGAACUUCUCUACAUGAAUGUAAAGAGCAGCAGAUAUUUCCUUCAACUGGAAACGUGGGUGAAGUUCGGUUCGUUAGGUUUAGCAGUUAUUUUGCCAUACGCAGUGGUAGUGGUACCUUUGAAUGAGGCAGACUGGCCCAGGCACGUGGCGACACUGGCUCUCCUCCUGUCCUGGUUGGAGAUGAUGUUCCUGCUAUCCAGGUUCCCGAACUGGGGAUACUAUGUGCUUAUGUUUGGGAAGGUCGCUUCAAACGUUGUUAAGAUCCUUCUGACAUUCGCGUUCCUUGUCAUCGGUUUCUCACUCAGUUUCAUGAUACAGUUCCGUUCUCAAAUACCUUUCGAGGGUCCUUGGGCUGCACUCGUCAAAACUAUAGUAAUGAUGACGUCAGAAUUUGAUUACGUAGCACUCUUCGACGAGGAACAUUCGAAAGAGCUAGCGACAUCUCUUAUAGUAGUUCGACUUAUAUUCUUGAUAUUUUUGAUACUAGCAGCUAUAGUGCUAAUGAACUUAUUAGUAGGCGUGGCAGUAAAUGAUAUAAACGAUCUUGAAGUAUUAGGAAACAUAAGAAGAUUAGCAAAACAAGUCGAAUUUCUAAGCACUUUAGAUACUUUAGUGUAUAACAAAUUGUUUAACAAAAUACUCCCAAAAAAAGUUAAUAGUAGACUAAAGAAUAAACGAAAAGUGAACAACAUUAUGACGCUCAGUCCAGGGAAACCAAGAUGGAAGUAUUCUAAAGUCUUACCGUCGAGGUUAAAAGACGCGAUAUUUAACACAGCACAAUUCCAAAAGAAACAAAUGGACGAUGAGAAAGAUUUCCAACGUUUCAAUAACAUGAUGGAUGAGAUUCAUGAAAUAAUAGUGAAAGAAAAGAAAGAUGGAGAUAAGCAAAUGGAAACUCCAGAUCUCAUAAAAGAUAGACUUGUGAAACGAGGAGACGAUAUAACGAAACGUCUUGGAGAGAUAGAUGAUGCUGUGGUAGAAAUCAAAAAUCAAACUAAAUCCUAUGUUGAGGAGUCGAAGUCUUCCGUGGAAAUGUUGAAUGUGAAAGUAGACCAAAUGUCGUUAGAAAUAGAGGUUAUUAAACAAUUGCUGAGUAGAAUAGAAAGUAAAAUAGGUAGAUGAUUUUGUAAUUUUAUACAAAUGUUAGAUAAAAAUGAUAAUUGAU